AUGAGGACGCGCGCCCAGGCCGGCGCCGUCGAUACGGCUCUUAUCGCCCAGGCCUUCUCUAUCGAUGAGCCACAGCUCGACUCACUUCUGGACGCUCCUACCCAGGACCUAAUCAAGGACUUCCUGUCCACUCUGACCGCCAGAGCCAAGGACUUUGACAACCUCAAGGCAGACAAGCUCCGAUCCGAUGUCGAGCUUGAGAACACUGUUCGCGCCGGAGAAUCAAAGGUGAAAGCUCUCAAGGCCACUCUGAACAAGAACGCCCAGGAAAUACAGGACCUCCGCAAGUCUCUCGAUGACCAAUACAAUGCCCGUGCCGAGCUGCAGACUGAGCUCGACUCUGUAAAGGCUUCAUCGACCGAUUCGAACUCUGAGCUUGACACCCUGCGUGCCCGCAUCGCUUCUCUAGAAACUUCCAAUCGCGAAACUCUGUCCGUACUCGAAUCAAAGUCCACCGCUCACGACAAUCUCGCCCAGGAACUCGCUACUCAACAUCAGAAGAUUAUCUCUCUGCGUCGCGACAUCUCGGCUCUGGAAGAGAAGAAUCAGUCUUUGGAAAAUGCCGCCUCAAGUGCCAAGUUCAAGGAGCAAGCUCUGCAGCAAGAGGUGGAUCUGCUCAAGCGUAACAACGAAUGGCAUGAAUCUGAGCUCAAGACACGCACUACUGAACACACAAAGUUCCGCAAGGAAAAGAAUGCUCGUAUUUCUGAAUUGCAGCGCGCCAACGAGGAUGCCAAUGCCACAGCUGAGGCUUUGAAGCGUACAGAACAAACACUCCGUCAACGUCUUGAAGAGCUGGGCCAGAAGGCCGACGAUGCUUUUGCCAAAAUCCAACAAAUGCAAGAAGGCGCCUCAAAGGCUGAAGAAUCUUUCCGUGUCGAACUGGACAGCGCCCGUCGCCUUGCCGAGCUUCAGAAACAGAGUGCAGACACUGCCAAGGCACGUUUGCUGGAUCUUCAAAACAACAUCGACCAGAUCAAGGAAAACGCCGCAGAAGAAGUUGGUCAGCUCCAGGCCGAGAUUGAGACCGAGAGAGCCGACCGUGAGGCUGUAGAGGCCAAACUGGCCGAACUGGAGCUCGAGGUCGAGCGCCUCCAAGCUGCUGCCUCCGAGGCACAGAACAAUGUUUCCGUCCUGGCUACACCCAAACGUAACUCCAACGGUCUUGCACCUUCGACUCCUGGACGCGAUGGAUCGCCUGCUCUCUUCACACCUGGAUCAGCACGCAUGAAGGGUAAUAUGAGCUUCACUCAGCUCUACAGCGAGUACAGUACAAUGAAGUCCGACCUCGAAGCCGAGAAGCGCAGAAAUUACCUUUUGAGCAACGAGCUCGACGAGAUGAUUCGUGAUCUUGAGAACAGAGGGCCCGAGCAAGAGGAACUACGUGAGGAGAAGGAGCGUGUUGAGGCCGAGAUCCUCGAGAUGUCUUCAAUGCUCGAUUCAGCUUCUGCUGAACGUGACGAGGCACGCAAGGAAGCACGCAACCUCAAGGGCCAAACCGAAGGACUAUCCAGAGAAGGUGAUAUCCUCCGUCAACAACUUCGUGACCUCAGCGCACAGAUCAAGAUUCUUUUGGUCGAGAUGCAAGCCCGUGAUCAGGGGUUGGAAGCUCUCGAUGCAGCAGGCCAAAUGCAAUUGCAGAUGCUUGCUAAUGGCGAGCUUGAUGAUUCGGCCUCUGCUGCAGAGGAGACUUCAGCCGGAGCUCUGAUUAGCCAAAGACUAUUGCUCUUCAGAAAUGUUCAGGAACUUCAAGACCAGAACGUGCAGCUCCUGAAACUCAACCGCGGUCUUGCUGAUCGCAUGGAGGGCGAAGCUGCAAAGGCAAAGCAGUCCGAGACCGAGCAGGCCCUGCAAGAACUCGACGAACUCCGCGAUCGCGUUCAGAGACAUCAAGAUGAGAUCAAGUCGAUGACUACUCAGUGCGAGAGCAUUAUGCGUGAGCGUGAUAUGUUCAGACGUAUGCUCUCUCACCGCGGACAACUGCCAGCUGGCACCGAUCUGCAGGCGGCCUUUGGUCGUUCCGUCGGCCCAGUUCCAUCGACGCCUCCACCAGGCGGUAUGUCUCGAGAUGUGGAAGACACACCUCGUUCUAAGGAGUUGUCCGACUACUCCAAGCUCCUGAAGGAGAUGCAGAACCAUUUCGAUGCCUACAGACAAGAGGCUGCAACGGACCACAGUACACUCAAGCAGCAGGUCGACAAGCUUGCUCGUGAAAAGGGCGAGCUGCAAGGAGAGGUUGCCCGCACUGGUGGCCAGAUCACACUUGCCCACGAACGUUACGGAAUGCUGCAAGCCAACUACGAUAUGCUCAAAUCAGAAAACUCGGAACUGCAAAAGCGAUCUCAGUCUCUGGCCGAAGUGGCGGCCAAGCAGGACCUCCGUACACAGCAGGUUGCGGAGGAGCUUGUUGAGGCACGUACUCUUGCUGACAGCAUGCGCAACGACACGGCCAACCUCAAGGCAGAGCGCGAACUCUGGAAGAAGAUUGAAGCCCGCAUGACCGAGGAUAACCGCUCGCUUAUGGACGAGCGUAGCCGCCUCAACAAGAUGAUUGCCGACCUUCAAACUUUACAGAACGAGCGUGAGCUGGCCGAGUCAGAAACCAGACGGAGGUUACAAAACAGAGUCGAAGCACUAGAAACAGAAAUUGACGCCACCAAGAAGAAGUUGGAGUCCGAGGUUGACGAGAGCAAGAAGGCCGCCCUGAGAAGGGAAUAUGACCAGGAGCAGAGUCGAACUAGGAUUGAUGAUCUGGUCAAGAGUCUGUCUGGUGUCCGUGAGGAACUUAUUGCAGCCAAGACGACACGCGAUCAACUCCAAUCCAGAAACCUUCAAUCCGUCCGCACUGAGUACAAUCAGCUCAGGACUGAGGUUGCUGCUAUCAAGGCUGAGGCCGAAACCGCCAAGGUCACUUUGAGCCAGAGCGAGGAAAGCUGGACUGAAGUGAGAGAACGAUACGAACGUGAGUUGACCGAAGUCAGACUUGGCCGCGAAGAUUUGAAGGCUCAGAACAAGCUUCUCCACGAACAGCUUGAAUCUGUGAGCGGCCAGAUUUCUGAACUGCAGCACAAAAAGACAGCACCCGAGGUUGAGGAGGAAGACUCUGGAGAGGCCCACGGCUCCGAGUUCGAGAAUCUCCAGGAAGUCAUCAAGUACUUGCGUCGCGAGAAGGAGAUCGUAGACGUUCAGUACGAGUUGUCUACUCAGGAGAGCAAGCGUCUCCAGCAGCAGCUCGAGUACGCACAGACACAACUCGACGAAACACGACAGAAGCUCGGUGAGGAACGCCAGCAGCACGCCGACCACGAAGCCAACACAGUCAGCCACAACAAGCUCAUGCAAACUAUCAAUGAGCUCAACGUCUUCCGUGAAAGCAGCACCACGCUUCGCCAGGAGGCGAGACAAGCCCAGACACAACUUGCAGAGAAAUUGAAGGAGAUUGAAAGUCUCACUAGCCAGAUCCAGCCUCUUCAGACUCGCAUCCAAGAGGUCGAGAAUGAGCUCGAGACCAAGGAAGGCGAGAUGAAGUUGAUGCAAGAAGACCGCGAUCGCUGGCGAGACCGUACACAAAACAUCAUUUCCAAGUACGACAGAGUAGACCCUGCCGAGAUGGAGGCGAUGAAGACACAGAUUUCCGACCUUCAAGCCGAACGCGAUCAACUGACAACCGAGAAGCAAGAGCUUCAGACCAAGGUUGAUGCCGUUCCAGGAGAGCUGCAGCAGAUCAAGGACGACGCCGACAAGCUAUGGAAGGAACAGAAGGCCAGAUUUGUUGAGCAAGCGAAGGCAAGAUCUCGUGAGCAGAGCGCAAAGAUCAAAGAGCUGGAGAAAGAGCUUGAAGGCAUCAAAGAAGAAAAGGAGCAACUUGGCCAGGAACUCGUUCAGGUCAAGGAAGAGCUUGAGUCGACCAAGACCGCCAGAGAUGAAGCUGUGGCUGUUGCUGAGGCCGCAUCUCAGCAGGUGACAGCUCAAUCACAAGCCGAGGAGGGUCAGAUCCAGGAAGAUGGUGAAACUGAUGCAUCGGCGCACGCACUGGAGCAGUCAGAGGCAAGAGCGUCCGAGGAAGCUGCAAAGGCUGCUGGUCUAGCUACGCAGGUUGAGGCUCUUCAGGCAAGAAUCUCCGAGCUUGAGGGUCAAGUGAACGAGCUCCAGCAGCAACUUGAGACCAGUGCAGCUAGUAUCACAGAACUGCAGAACCAACAACAACCAAUCUCCGAGGCAGUGCCUGAAUCUGGCGAGAACACUGAGCACUUGGAGAAGUUGAGACAAGAAUUGGCUGCUGCACAGGAGGAAGUAGAGUCGUUGAAGGCCGCUGCAACCAAUACUGCAUCUACCGACACUGUCUCUCAAGAUGCGGCACCACAGCCCUCGGAUGCUGAAACCGCUGAGGCCAAGUCGGUUGCAGAACAGGUGGAAGAGCAGGUCGCACAGCUUCGCGCCCAGCUCGAGGAGCAGCACAGCCUCAGCCAACAGCAGCUCGAAACUCUCUACAACAACCGCACCAAUCUAAUGAAGCAGAAGCUGAACCAGAAACUUCGAGACGACAAGGAUAAGUUCAAGGAAGAGGGUCGCCAAGAAGCUCUGAUCAAGCACAGUGAAGAGCUGCAAAAGCUUCGCCAAGAGCACGAGGCCACCAUUGCACAGCUCAAGGAGGAGCAUCGCCUCGAAGUCGAACGACUCACCAAGGAGGGCCAGCUUGCUGUGGAUCGCGCGCAAGCCAAGGAGCAACCUGAAGCUUCUAUGGAACAAGCACCAAGCCAGCCUCCUACCACCACUGCAGCCACAACUUCAACUUCGACUGCUGAAAUCGACCCAUCACAGUUGACUUUCACUGAUGAACAAGCCCGUACACUGGUUGGUAAGAAUACCGUGAUUAGGGGCAUUGUCGCCAGAAACAUCCAGAACAAGAUUGCUCAAGAGACUGCCAAGCUCAAGGAAGAGCACGAAAAGGUCUUGCAAGAAAAGGCCGAAGAAGCCAAGAAGGAAAGAGAACACGCCUUGCAAGAGAAGACUGAAGAGGCUAAGAAGGCGAGCGAACAAGCCUUGUUGAAAGCUGUCAAUAUGGAAACAAUCAAGCAAAAGGCUAAGCUUGGUAUGGCAGAAGGUCAGACGAGAGCUGCUAAAGCCAAGCUGGAAGUUGUCGAAAAGGCUGCUACAGAGACACCACAGCGACCAGUCGUCGAAGUGUGGGAGGUCGCUAAGAUCGCCAAACCCGCUCCUGCGGUAGCUGCGCAAGUGAACAAACCACCAGCUCAAUCUCCUAUGAGCUCCCCGUUCAAGGCAACCGGUCCCGGUCUGCCGCAAUCGCCAGGCAUGGCGCCUCCUCAGGCUACUCAAUCUGGCCAGCCCACUCCUAACAGCCAAGCUCCUCAAGACAAAAUGCAAGCAAGGAUGCAGAAGUUUGGAGCACAAACCCAGUCGCCGCAACAGGGCUCCUCCUUUGGUCAGCCCAGCUUCUCGCCGAACCAGACUUCUUCUGAGGCUCAACCCCAAGCCACUGUUCCCCCAUCGGCGAACAACGGUAUGACACAAUCCCAAGGUGCAGCCGGUACGCCGCCGCAGACUCCUGGCGCGCCUCUGAGACAAGUAUCUGGUCAACAAGCCGCGGGACCUGGACCAGUGCGUGUUCCUUCUUUGAGCGGCAUCCCUUCCGGAAUUCCAAGCGGUAUUCCCACUGGUAUCCCCAGGGGUGGUGGCAGCAUGCUCCCUCGUGGCGGCGGUGCUUUCCGCGGCAGAGGUGGACUUGUACAGCCCGGAGCACAAAAUGCUCAAGGUCAGGGCAUCAGUGUCCAAGGUGCUGCCGGCCAAACUCAACGUGGAGGUCUUCCUCGCGGCGGAGGGAUCGGCAGAGGUAGAGGCGGAGGCCGUGGAGGUAUGAAUCCUGGUGCGCAACAGUUUGCACCUGGUACACCUGGUCUGCAAGGAAACAAGCGUCCACACGAGGGCGGUGACGAGGGAGCUGGAAAGAGGAUGAGAGGCGGAGCUGGAGCAGGCGCUUAG